GACCGACCAAUAUUCGCACUCGUUGCUAUAGCAACCAAGGUCAAACUCACUGCUUCAACAUGGUUAAAAAAAAGUAAGUCAAAUAAGGCUCAAUUAAUAACAGCUGUAUUUUCAGAACUUUCUUUACAUAGAAUAACUGAUUUGUUUGAACCAUUACUGAAACAAAUAUUUAGUUUUAAAUAUGUAAAAGUUAACGUAAGAAUGGCACUAUCGAAUGGAUUUAAUUACACGACCGACAGCGAAAAUCCUCUUUGGCUGGAAGGGAUAAACAAGAAACUGAAAGAAACUCAUAUAAAAAAUGGCAGUCGUAUAUCAUCACCGAUUUAUGAAAAAACAAACUCUAGAUUGGAAUGCAGAUCAAUGCGGAGGACAUCGUUAGACGCUACUAUCGACAUUCAAAAGAAACAGAAAAAACAUCCUUUUGCACAUUCCGCUGGCACACUUCGUAACAACCAUGAUCAUGAGAUGAAUAAGAAGCCAAAUGCGAGGCCAAAAAAGUUAGAUUGGGGGGAUUCUAUGGGCCGGCAUGACGUCACCAAUGAUUUUCUCUCCGACCUCCUCCCGCACUACGUCACUCCGCGACACAGGCCGCACAACGAUAAUGAUUUUACCGAUGUUAUUAUUGGACGCAGGCAUGACACAUUUAAACCAAAUAAAACAGUUCCCGAAGAGUACAAAAGUGUUGCAAAUCACACAAAUAGACCAAAGAAAUCUGGCGCUAAAAACAUUUCAAAAGCCACAUCUAAAAUGACCCCCAGAGAUAUUGAAAAAGCGAUGAAUGAUUUCGUUAUACCCGAACUACCUCAAGGAAGAUUGUUGGAGAUAAAAAUAUUCUCCAACUGGGGUGAUAAAUUUCUAGUCGGUUUGAAUGGAUUAGAAAUAUUUGAUAUAAACGGUGAAGUUGUUAAUAUUGAAAAGAUAUGGUCUGAUUCGGAGAGUGGUGACUGCACGCGAUACGGGCGCACGGAGAGCAUCAUCGACGGUGUGGUACGGACUACUGACGACCUUCACAUCUGGAGUGCGCCCGCGCCCUCCGCCGCCCCCGCAGCCCCCAUCGCCCUCAGCGUGCUGCUGGCCAAGUGCACCACACUCGCACUGCUUAGACUCUGGAACUACAACAAGUCUCGUAUAUAUUCGACGCGCGGCGUUCGUCUCGUGCAAAUCAAACUGGACGACCAAGUUAUAUUCCAAGGCGAGAUCGCGCGGUCCAGCGGGGCGCUGAAAGGACAUUUACAAUCUUUUGGUGAUACGAUUUUAUUCACAAAAGACUCGACAAUAUUAGAGCGAAUAUUGGUAAACGACAAGAAUUUCCAAGAAGUACUGAAGGAGAGCGACAACGGCGCGGACUACGGCAUCGUGGAGAAGCGGCCGCCGACCGCGAGCGAGCGCGCGCCGAGCCCCGCCGCGCGCCGCAGCCCGCGCCGCCGCAGCGCCGCCGACAACUACGUCGCCAACGUCGUCAAAAUUGUGCUCAUGUCCAACUGGGGACAGAAACAUAUCAUUGGACUGACGGGUAUCGAGGUCCUGCGCUACAACAAGCCGGUGGGCGUGCGGCGCUCGUACGCGUACUCGGCGUACAUCAGCGACGAGCGCAUGGACGAGUGCGACAGCGUCGCCGACUGCCGCUGCCUCUUCAACGGCACCAACAUCACCACGCACUUCGACGACAUGUGGUGCACCAACUUCGCGCCCGGCACCAAGUUCUGUCACAUCGUUGUCGAGUUGAAGGAACCCACUCUUAUAACUAGUAUAAGGAUGUGGAACUACAACGGCAGCCUGGAGCUGUCGUACAUCGGCGCGAAGCACGUGCGCGUGUACGUGGACGGCGGCGCGCUGCACUGCCGCCCGCUGCUGCUGCGCCGCGCGCCCGGCGACACCGCCUACGACUACGUGCAGCACAUCGACCUCGCCGAUAUCGACGACAGAUUUGAGGAAGCGUCAGAGGAGAGUUACCGCAUGGAGUGCGCGGUGUACGGCCCCGGCGGCGGCACCGCUGCGCCCAGCGGCUUCGUGCUGCAGAUCAGCAUCUUCUCCACGUGGGGAGACCCUUACUACGUGGGUCUGAGUGGCGUCGAACUAUACGAUCCCGACGGCAACCAGAUACCGGUCACAGAGUCCAACGUGUGCGCGCACCCGUCGAGUGUGAACGUGCUGUACGAGCAGGGCGGCGACGUGCGCACGCCCGCGCGCCUCGUGGACGGCUGCAACGCGCGCGCCGCCGCCGCGCACCACGCCUGGCUCGCGCCCGUGCUGCCGCACACGCUCAACAGGGUAUUCUUCGUGUUCGACGUGCCGGUGACAGUUUACGGAAUGAAGAUAUGGAACUACGGCAAGACUCCGGCGCGCGGUGUCAAGGAGUUUGCUAUCCUAAUGGACGACCUGCUAGUACACAACGGAACAUUGGAGCGCGUCAAGGGGGAGGAGAUCGCGCCGCAGUGGAUCUCCCUGCGUAGCGACGACCCGGACAACUUGCCCAGUCCUUCUAAUAGCAGUCGUCGGUCAACAACGAGCGGCUCGUACCAGUGCGCGGACCAGCGCGCGCGCCCCCACACCAGCGUGCUCUCUGACGUGCACACCUACAAAUACUGACACACAUAACUUUUAAACAAUGAAGAGAAUCGUUCCGAAUGGAUUUAACGCUUAAUGGUCCUUAAAAUCUUGGUAUUCAGUCAAUUUCUUCAUAUAACCUUCAAAUGGCCGCCUCAUAGCAGCUUCUGACGCAGUAAAUGUGUCAAUGCAGACGAAACUCGAAGUUAGAAUGAGCAUCGAGAUAUGUACCUUUCUUCAUAACCAAUCAUAUUUCCAAGUUAAUGUGUAAAAACAGUACUAAUCCCAAAGCUUUAAAACUUUGCCCCAUUUUUAUACCCCGUUUAUGAAAUGAGUUUGUUCGUUUAGCAAACUUUUGUUAUACGAUUGUGAAGUAGUUUAAAAUAUAAGUUCGAUUUUUAAAAAAUGAUUAGUAGUGAUAAUUUAAUAAUUAUAUAGGUAACAAAGUAAAAAUUAGAUUUUUGAACGAAAAAAAAUUGCAUCUUUAAAAAUCUGCUUUUACGUCCCAUGUCUUUUUUUCUUGAUUUUUUGCAUUGAAUUAUAAAUUUAUAAAUUU